CAGAUAUAGAAAAACUUCAGUCACGCAUAAAUACAAUUGAGGAAAGGCUCAAAACAAGAGAUGAAAGUCAUUUAAGUAAUGAUCUGAAGGUACUGGUUGACAGGUUUGACAUGGUGGAACGUAAAUUUCAAGACGAGACCGGUAAUUUAAAACUUCUUCAAAAUGGACCAACAGUCUCUGCAACGAGUAAAUCCAAAUCAAAGACUAAAUCAGAACCUUAUGAUAAAGAUAAAACUGCCGAUCAAAAACAUGAUGACACCAAUAGAAAGAAGAAUCUAAUAAAUCACGAUGAAGGCGACCCACUAACAGCAGAUCCAAAGGGUCAAGGUCUACAUAAACAUACCAAUAGUUUUAAGUCUAAGUCAGCACCGCCUGAGGGUGAUAAUGCAUUUAACAGAAUGACAACCGCAGAGAAAAACGAUGCUACAAAGACUAAAGAAAAACAAAAAUUAAACGAUGAUAAAAAGUUUAAAGAAAACAGUUUGAGGAACAUGGAAAGUAGAUCUGGACUUUAUAACAACCGAAGCAACGCUGGAGAAGGAAAUAAAGGAAAUAGAAAAAGCAAUGUUCCGUUAAAGAAGCCAAACUUCAUGGUACCUAAACAGUCAGGUAUUAUAUUUGUCUUAUGUCUAAAUCGUAAUUUCUUGAAGUCAUAUUUAUUAAUGUGGCAUUCACAAUUUGACUAAAGUUAUGACCUACUUAUUUCUUAAAUGCAGAGCGUUAUUUAGAGCUGAUUUUAAUUAGAUUGGUGGCAUUCACUAACACAAACUUUUGUUAUUGAAACAAAUCAAGUAUUAGACAAUUAUGGUGGUGUUCCAGGAAAAUGAUUUAUACUUCAUUUAAAUGUAGCGGCGUCUCCUUCUUCUGGUAUU